CGUAGACGGCUGGACCGACCCUCAAAAUCUAUGGAGGAAAAAGCAGGAAAGUGAGGGAAAAUUUCAGUGGGCAAAGGAAAAUAGGGGGAAAUUUGCGUAAAUUUUUUGGAGAUAUUAAGAGAAAGAAGCGGUAGAUUGAGGGAGAGAAAAAAAGAAAAAAGGAGAGAAAUGAAGCACAUUUUCAAGAAGCUGCACAAAGGCCAUAAUCACGAGUCUAAUCGGACAAACGAGACGCCGCCGCCGCCGCCGUUGCCGUCUCCCUCAUGCGCCACCGAUCAUCAACGUACCAUGUCCGGAAACUCUCCGAUGAGUCCCUCCACGUCAUCACCUUCUCCGGCUACUGUUUUGACGAGCUUCGGGAACACUAGAGCAGCGUCGACUGUGUCGGCAAGUAAUGGUACCGAUUACAUGUUGUCGGAGGAGGAGUUCCAGGUUCAGUUAGCUCUAGCGAUCAGCGCGUCGAAUUCGGAGGAUCCCCAGAAGGAUCAGAUCCACGCAGCGACUCUGCUGAGCUUGGGCAGUACAGGCAGGGAUAGGGAGGAGGUGCCCGCAGAGGAUUUAUCGAGACAUUAUUGGGAGUACAGUGUGCUUGAUUACGAAGAGAAAGUGGUUGAUGGUUUCUAUGAUGUGUAUGGGCCUUCCACAAAUUCAGCACUCCAAGGAAAAAUGCCAUCUCUUGCAGAUCUUGAGACAAAUCUUGGGAAUUAUGGCUUUGAAGUUGUGAUUGUCAAUCGAACAAUUGACCCUGUCUUAGAAGAGCUGGUGCAAAUUGCACAUUGUAUUGCAUUAGAUUGCCCUGCUAGUAACGUUAGUGUUUUAGUCCAAAAGCUUGCUGAAUUUGUCACAGGCCAUAUGGGUGGAGCUGUUAAGGAUGCUAAUAUAAUGUUGGCAAGGUGAAUGGAAAGGAGCACAGAAUUGAGAACAUCUCUUCAUACAAGUUUGUUGCCUAUUGGGUCCAUUAAUAUAGGAUGAAAGUAAUG